CAAAAUGAGUCUGGCGUUGUUGCUUGAUGAUAAUUGGCUCGGAAUUGCUUGAUACUCUGUCAGUGUUUCAAUGGGAGCCUCGGGGUUAUGAAAAGCAUGUAAUAUCGUCACAGAUGCUGAUGACGAUAAUGACCAUGAAAAUACAUUUACUUUAAAAAUCACUAUUUAGGUUGAGCUCACUGUGGCUUUAAGAUAGUUACAAAAACAAUCAUAAUAAACAAUACGGAUCUAAAGGGCAUAGGUUUUAAUACCUACUGCUGUAGCUUUAUAAUACGCUGUUAAAAUACAAUCUGUGAGGUGCACAAAGCACCGAGCUUAAAACUGACCGCGAUCAUCAAUGGACGACGCCGAACAAAUCAUCCUGCAGACUGCACAGGACCCGAUGAUCAGCGGGCAGCUCAGCAAGCCGCUGCUGUCCCUGCGCAGCGACAUGAGCGGCGCCGAGCUGCGGCCCCAAGCCAGCGGGGCCCCCACCCCCGACCACGAGCUUGCCGACUCACCGCCGUCGCUGCCACCACCGGCCGAGGUGACCGACGGCGACGACGCGCCCGCCAACCUCUUCGGCCUCCCUGUGGGCUCCUCCCAGUCCGACACCAGCAGCAGCCCUUUAGAGCAGGGUCAGCUCGGCCAGUCGCACCCCACCUUCCCCGUCGGACCCCAGUCGCUGUUGGCUGCGCAGCAGAUGGCAUCGACGGUAGCCGGGGUGAUGCCCGGGGCCCCCCCAGGCCUGAACCAGCCCAUCCUCAUCCCCUUCAAUGUGGCCGGGCAGCUAGGCAGCCAGCAGGGCCUGGUGCUCUCACUGCCGACCACCAACCCUGCCAACCUCGCCAGCCUCGCCAGCCUGCAGGGCCUAGUGGCGGCAGCAGCCACGGGCGGCAUCAUGACGCUGCCGUUACAGAACCUCCAAGCUACCUCGUCCCUGAACUCGCAGCUCCAGCAUCUGCAGCAGCUUCAGCACCUGCAGCACCAGCAGCAUCAGCAUCACCAACAGCAUCACCAUCAACAGCAGCAUCAGCAUCUCCAGCAUCAACAUCAGCAGCAGCAUCAGCAUCUCCAGCAUCAACAUCAGCAGCAGCAUCAGCACCCGGGACCAACGCACGCCCACGCUCAGAAUCCGCUCUCCUCACCGCAUCAGCAGUCCCCAACCGGCCAGCACCAGUCCUCAUCUUCCUCUUCAUCCUCCGCCUCCACCCCAGCAGGCCACGGCCCUGCCGCCUCCGCCUCUCCUCCGCACAAGCAGAGCCAGUCGCCGGCCCGCAGCUUGCCCUCACCUGCUACGCCGCCCACACCCCUCCAGCUCAAUCCUCUGGCCUCCCAGGCAGCGGCGGCGGCGGCAGCCAUGAGCUCCAUGGCUGGUCCCCAAGCAUUCAGCAACGCUCUGUCAGGCCUGCAAGGAGUCAGUGGACAGCUGGUCACCAACGCACAGGGACAGAUCAUCGGAACGAUCCCGCUGAUGCCGAACUCCGCUGGGCCCUCCAGCCAGUCAGGGGGCGGGGCUCCAGGGCUUCAGGUCCAGCCAAUCACGCCACAACUCUUGACCAACGCCCAGGGCCAGAUCAUCGCCACAGUUAUUGGCAACCAGAUCCUGCCAGUCAUCAAUACCCAGGGAAUCACGCUGUCACCAAUCAAGCCUGGACAGCCGUUGCCACAGGCACAACAAGGACAGCCCGGCCCGACGUCCUCGCAGAGCGGCCUGCUCCAUUUGCCACACGGCCAGGCCCCUCUGUCCCAGAGUCCCCUGCGGCAGGUGUCGUCCUCUUCCUCCAGCUCUUCGUCAUCCUCCGCCCUAAGCGUGGGUCAGCUGGUUAGCAACCCACAGACAGCCCCCAGCGAGGUGGAUGGGGUCAAUCUGGAGGAGAUCCGUGAAUUUGCCAAAGCGUUCAAGAUCCGCCGGCUGUCCCUGGGCCUGACGCAAACUCAGGUGGGCCAGGCGCUUAGCGCCACUGAGGGCCCAGCCUACAGCCAGUCUGCCAUCUGCAGACACACCAUCCUGAGAAGCCACUUUUUUCUACCACAGGAAGCCCAGGAGAACACUAUAGCUAGCAGUCUGAGAGCCAAACUGAACCCUGGCCUUUUAUAUCCUGCCAGGUUUGAGAAGUUGGACAUCACCCCAAAAAGCGCGCAGAAGAUUAAGCCCGUUCUGGAGCGCUGGAUGGCCGAGGCUGAGGCCCGGCAUCGUUCCGGCAUGCAGAACCUGACCGAGUUUAUCGGCAGCGAGCCGUCCAAGAAGCGCAAGAGGAGGACCUCAUUUACGCCACAGGCUCUCGAGAUCCUCAAUAGCCACUUUGAGAAGAACACACACCCGUCUGGACAGGAAAUGACUGAGAUUGCCGAGAAGCUGAACUAUGACCGGGAAGUGGUCCGCGUCUGGUUUUGCAACAAGAGGCAGGCAUUAAAAAACACAAUAAAGCGCUUGAAACAACCAGAACUGGGCCCGGCCACCCCCAUGGACACGCUAGCCGACUCGGUGGAAGAUCACUCCUAGAGAAAGCUAACGUCAAAAGUGCGCUACACGAUAACGGUUUCAGCUGGGUGGGGACUGACUGCAGAAUUCCCCAGAGUCAUCACUGGACGAUCUCCAGAUUUUUAUUUUUCCUUUUGACAAAUGGAAUGACAAAGACGAUGAUACAUACAAAUAUUUUGUCAGUGUAAUGGCUGCCGCCGGGUAUUCAUGAAAACCAAAACAAAACAAAAAACAAAUCCAGAAAAUCAAACAUCGUCUCUGUGGGAGAGUUAACAAAAUGUUAGAAAAUAAGGUUGUGUCAGAGAUGGCAGAUGUCAAGCAGAGACCACUGAGUCAACCUUCUCUGAUGCCGAGUAUUGGAUUUAUGUUGAAAAAUCACACCAAAAGACAUAAAUAAAAACUACUUACCAAAGUCUGUUACACCAGAAUCCUGAUUGCUUUCAUUUUAUGAGUAAAUGUAUCCUAAAUUUUUACCUUUGUACUGAUGUGAAGAAAAAAACAUUUAUGAGGUAGUGACAUUUUGUAUUAUAUCUCAUUGUUUGGCUAAUGAGCUUGUGUUUAAUUGUAAAUAACCACAAUCCUUUGUUCCUCAGUUAUAUAUAAGUAACAACUCAUCUUGAAAGUGUUGUGCUGUCUUGACAAUGGUCAUGAUAAUGUCCCAUUUAUUAUGCUUUUUGUUCACUGGAGUUAAAAUUCUCAGUUUCUGUGUGACUUUGUAAAAAAAACUGUACAGGUAUUUAUUCAUUUUUACAAGAUUGUAUAUUUAUGGGAUGAUGUAAAUAGACAUAAUUAGUCGAGGAAAUUUUACAGAGGCAGAAACAGAGAAGAUUCGUUGGCAGCUUGUCCUAGCGAGGGGCCAUCCAGGACCACUACAAUGGCUGUAUCCGAAGCAAUGCUUAAAUGUUGCCAAAGCCUGAUAGCCAAAGAAUCUACUUUUAGGCCCAAGAAAACGAACAGAUCUGAUAUGUGUCAAAAUGCCCAAGGAUGUACUUGUAUCAGAUUCCCUUUGAUGUUUUUAUUUUAUUGAGUUUGUUCAGCUGCUCUGAGAUCCAGGUCUGUUGUCUAUGUGUUCGCUCACCGAACAAGAGAGCUUGGCACGUAGCUGUAUACGUAUAUAUGUUAAUGAGAGAAGAGUAGUUAGUUUUCAUCCUGUGUAAUUUCAUUUGUCCUGUGUUUCGAUGAAAGUAGAAAAAUGUUUUAAAAAAUAAUCUGAUUUUUAUUCCCAUUGCGUGUUUUUAUGUAUUUAUGUAUUUGUUUUAUCUCCAGAUUGGCAUCUUUUGCCAUUUCAGGCCCUGGUGAGUUGCAGUGCAUCAAGACAGGGAGACAGUUUCAUUUGCAAGUUUCUCAUAAGUGGAAGGCUGAUGUUUGAUUAGGAAAAAAAUAACAGUAAAAGGGAAACAAAAGGCUAGGAUUUCAUGUUUUUCCCCUGAGCUGAUUUCUUUAUUAUUCUUCAAAUAGAGAACGAUCUGCGGAACUUAGAAAUUCUUCAACUCAGCUCUCAGCUUCUGAUUGUGUCUGACACAUUACAUUUGAGUACCAGUAAUGUGAUGUUAAAACGAGAUCUUGAGUUUCUCGUAAUUCAUAUGGAGAAUUUAGUGUCUUAGUGUCACAGGUACAAUGCUGUGUCAUAUACAAUAAGGCAUCCAUUUUGAAAACCGGCAAACUCUAGUCAACCACAUUCGCUUAAAUUUAAAAACACAUAUAAUGGGAUUAUUAGAGAAAGAUGUCUAAUACAUUCUUAUACUAAGUGCUUGAAUUUGGGUUCAUUGCAUACAGACCAUUUUACUACAUAUAGACCAUUUUACCUUCUAAUUUUAUGUAAUACCCAUAGAAAUAAUGGCGGUACAGUGACAGCUAUGCCAACACAGAUUAAACAUGGAGUCUCCAGACAACAUACAAUAAAACGCAUACCAUAUUUGAAGAUUUGAAGGAUUAAAGAAUUGAUGUUACAUUAGCUGCUAAGCAAAGAUGACGAUGAUGUCUCACUUUUAAGCGUAUUUUUUUUAUUGCCGUUUAACGAGAAUAGAUAACAUUUCUAAAAUGGCAAAGUACUAAUAUGAUUGUUAGCUAUUUAACAUUAGCUAUAUUGGCCCCUAAGUAUUAGGUAGCUAAAUGAAAUAGAUGGUACAGCACCACUCGUCAUGGAGGGUAUAAGUCCUACCUUUGGGAGGACAUCACCUUGACGAUGCUUGCUUAGAUCUUACCAUUUUACAACGUCAGUGUAAUGAGACACAUCAACUGCCACAAGUGUUUGGAGUUUCCUUCAUAUUUAUUUAUAUAUUUUUUCCUCAGCACAUGAAAACCAAAUGAGCAUUUUUAUGUGAGAGUACAUUAUUGAACUUUUAGGAAAUGUAUAAAAAUAUUUUACUGAGGUUAUGUCUGAGUAAAGCAGAACAGCCUUAAUUCACUGCGGAACAUACCCUUCAUCUUCCUGCACUCCUAUGUUGUGAUGUGAUGAAAUGUGCGUUUCAGCUUUCUUUGGGCUUCUUUCACAAAUUUUCUGUUCAAAAAAGCCCAUUUUGUUCAAAAUAUCUCCCUCACCUUACAGUCAAAGACAUUGGAUAGCCUGUGUUGUAAACUACUAGAGAGGAUUGUUAAUGAAGCUGUAACCAAAAAAAAAAACAAAAAAAAAGAGUAUUGCCUUUGUUGGUUUUAUCAAUGCUGGACCAAAGCUCAGCGUAUUGUAGGUAUAUGCACAUUGUACAGAAACACAGCUUAACGUCGCUGACAAUCUUGCAAUAUUAAACUAUUAUUUAAGGGAAACUGAAUGGGUUGGCAAAUGGAUCAUGAUUUUUACCUCAGCACUGUACUUGUACCCAGUGAAUAAUGCCAUAAAAACACUGUUUAGAUGUUAGUCCAAAAACAAUUAUUUGAGUUCUACAUGUGUUGGUAAGUAAUGUUGAUCUGUCACCUUGGAGGCUUGAUUUGACAUUAAGAGUAUAUACCCAAACCAUGGUUUUACACUGAAUUGUCUGACAGGGUGACUUGUGAUUAUACUCUUCUAUUAUUAUUAUUAUUAUCAAUUUUAUUUUUUCACAUAAUGUGAAUUAUCCUCUUAAAUUUCAGUAUUUAAUAAGUGUCCCAAUUUGUUUGGGACAAAAAAGUCUGUGACCUGUAUCAGUUAAGAAAAAAAACUUUUUAAAAUUGAAACACAUUGAAAUAUACAUCAGCAUACAAACACAGAAAAAAACUGUUAUAGAAAUGAGUUAAUCUUGUUAUUUCUGAAGACCUUUAAACCAAAGCUGAAAACCUGCACAGGUUGCUGUUAAAUUUUAUAGACUGAAAACUGUACUUACUCUCUAGAGCAAUAUCUGUAUGGUCCGUAAAGCUGUACUUUGUGUAUUUAUAAACAGCUUCAAUUCUGUCACCAUUAUU